AUGACAGCCAUCUUUUUGCUACAAAUCUGCUUCAUUUCAAAUUGCUCACGCACUCUCUUAAAUGACCACCAGAGACAUUUGAAUACCUACAGGGCUGUCGUCGCCAGAAGAACGAAUCACGCUCACUCCUCCUCCGCCUGGAGACAAAGGCAUCCUCGGAGAGCCAACAACGCAUCUCCCUCACAUUCUCUGCCCAAGCGCCGCCGAGCAUACACCGCUACGAGCUGCCAGUCGUUACACGAGGCGUCCACCGCAUAUCUCGCUCGUGCUGAGAUGCAGAGCACCCACGAGAUUCGCCGUCGCGCCUCCGUGGUCGAGCGUCCGCCGGCGGACACCCCGGCCGCCACGACAACGACGGCGUUCACGCCCAAACCUGCCAUGACCCCAAGACCUUGCCAUUUCAAGCACUCCGAAUCAAAUGUCGAGACCCUCAUCGGAGAGAUGGAGAUCCCUGAGGCCAUGACGCCUCCUCCUCCGCCGACACCGUCGACCCAGGAUCGUUUCUCGCGCGCGUCACGGUCGGCGUCCAAUGCGUCGCGAAACACGAACCGCCUGUCCCUUACUCUUCCCAUUGCACCGCCAACCAGCGAUCCCUCCCGGCCUGCUUCCGUCGCGACGACGUCCUACCCUCCUACACCCGUCGACACCUCGGCAAUCACGUCCCCUGCGGAUCCCAACGACUUCAUUAUUGCGAUAGCAGCGCAAGAGCGACGAGUACUGGAGAUCCGCGAGGAACUGACUCGUGCCGAGGCCGAGCUCACGAGGCUCAAGCAGCAAUGGACGAUCCAGGGGGGGCAGAGGAAGAGAGAGAUACGCAACGAGCCAAUGCGUCCUCUCGCCCCUCAGUUUGAACCGUCGCUACUAGAUGAUGACGAGGCAGCAUCGAAACGGAGCGUCGAGCUGGACAGGAGGAAGUCACUUCUGAGAGACUUGCAGGGCCAGACAGGGCCUAGAGAAUAUCGACGAAGGGUCCUCCGUGGCGGGCACACGCGGACCUUAUCGUUGCUAUCGCCGACCAAACCAGAUGGCUUCACUGUGCACGAGGACGUUGCAAGCCUCAAGUCACCGGUGCUCCGGUCUCCGCCCAUGCUUUCGAACGCUGCGUUUUCGAAGAGAGCAUCCUGGCAGCCAAGAUCGUACAACGCGGCCGCCCCCCCCGCCGUGAAGCAGAUGGCCCAGGACUUCAGGCUAGGUCUUUGGAGCUUCAUGGAAGACAUACGACAAGCGACUGUCGGGGACGAGCCGAUCCACGGCGUUCCCGGACGCCCGGGCUCAACCGAUCCUCACGGCAGGAGGGAGAGGUCUUCUGCUGGAGACCAGGACACGAUCAAGGCCAACGGCUCGUCACGCCCCAGAGUUCCUCUGAACUCAGCCUUCGACCUACCGCCGAUGGACACGCCGAGCAAGCCCUCGAAGCCGCUCCAGGAACGACCGAACCCGAAGCCUGCAGCCAAGUCAACGACGACGACGAAGGCUAAGCACUUUUCGUGGACACCGCUGACUUUUGACUCGUUUGAUGACAACGAUUGGUCAAACUGGGAAUCGCCUCAGGUGUCAUCGGCCAAGUCGGCGCGCUGGAGCGGUUCGACGAUGGGUGGACCGGAUGAGAUUCCGUCCAUGUCCGAGAAUAGCGAAAAUUUGACUUCUCUGAAGAAGAAGUCGUCCAUCACCAUAGACACUUCGGUCCGAUCCGAAUCGCGUCCCGAAUCAGCACUGUUGUCGCCUAGCCGGCUAGAGGAACUUCUUCCCACCGUCGUCAACAAGCUGUCUCCCGGCAACCUACAGCGAACUGCUAACAACCUCAUGGACGAGUGGGAGAAGAGCCUCAAAGAGAGGGACGACGAGGAGCAGCUCAUUGACUUCAAGGAGACUACGGCGUGA